AUGAGUCUCGAGAUCGAGUGUAUCAAAGCUGGCGACGGCGUCAACUUCCCCCGGCCAGGCCAGACCGUCUCGGUGCACUACGUGGGCACACUGACCACCGGCUCCAAGUUCGACUCGAGUCGGGACCGCGGCCGCCCGUUCCAGUUCAAACUGGGCGCGGGCCAAGUGAUUCGCGGCUGGGACGAAGGCGUCGCCCAAAUGAGUUUGGGGCAGAUCGCGAAGCUCACGUUGUCGCACGAGUACGCGUACGGCGAGGCGGGCCAUCCCCCGGUGAUUCCGCCCAAGGCGACGCUCGUGUUUGAAGUCGAGCUGCUGUCGUUCUGUUAG